AAUGGCGACUGUCAUUCACAACCCCCUGAAAGCACUCGGGGACCAGUUCUACAAGGAGGCCAUCGAGCACUGCCGAAGCUAUAACUCGAGGCUGUGCGCAGAGCGCAGCGUGCGUCUCCCUUUCCUGGACUCGCAGACCGGUGUGGCCCAGAACAACUGCUACAUCUGGAUGGAGAAGAGGCACCGUGGCCCAGGCCUCGCUCCGGGCCAGCUAUACACAUACCCUGCUCGUUGCUGGCGUAAGAAGAGACGAUUGCACCCACCUGAGGAUCCAAAGCUUCGGCUGCUGGAAAUAAAACCUGAAGUGGAGCUGCCCCUGAAAAAGGAUGGCUUCACCUCAGAAAGCACCACACUGGAAGCCUUGCUCCGUGGUGAGGGUGUUGAGAAGAAGGUGGAUGCCAGAGAGGAGGAGAGCAUUCAGGAAAUACAGAGGGUUUUGGAAAAUGAUGAAAAUGUAGAAGAAGGAAAUGAAGAAGAAGAUUUAGAAGAGGAUAUUCCCAAGCGAAAGAAUAGGACCAGAGGACGGGCCCGUGGCUCUACAGGUGGCAGGAGGAGGCACGACGCCGCCUCUCAGGAAGACCAUGACAAACCUUACGUCUGUGACAUCUGUGGCAAGCGCUACAAGAACCGGCCAGGACUCAGCUACCACUACGCUCACACUCACCUGGCCAGUGAGGAGGGGGACGAGGCUCAAGACCAGGAGACCCGGUCCCCGCCUAACCACAGAAAUGAGAACCACAGACCCCAGAAAGGACCGGAUGGGACAGUCAUUCCCAACAACUACUGUGACUUCUGCUUGGGGGGCUCUAACAUGAACAAGAAGAGCGGGCGGCCUGAGGAGCUGGUAUCCUGUGCGGACUGUGGACGCUCUGCUCAUUUGGGAGGAGAAGGCAGGAAGGAGGAGGCAGCGGCCGCAGCACGCACCACGGAGGACUUAUUCGGUUCCACAUCAGAAAGUGACACGUCAACUUUCCACGGCUUUGAUGAGGACGAUUUGGAAGAGCCUCGCUCCUGCCGAGGACGCCGCAGUGGCCGGGGUUCACCCACAGCAGAUAAAAAGGGCAGUUGCUAAACCCACGGACCAGACUCUCUGGGCGACUAGCCGCCACCCUCUGACUUUGGUCGUUAUGCUGGGUCUGAUAUAUAUUUUUUUUCAAUGAAAGUCAACUUUAGGUUUUCCCUCCAUCCUUGCUUUCUCCUGUCUCCUUCCUCGCAUCCUUUCCCCCUUCCCCUCUGUUCUGGGUAUGUACAACCGAAGCACAAACUACUGAAACAAAGCAGAACAAAAGAGCAGGAUAACAGUCCUUCAGAGAGAUGGCAUCAUGAAGUACUGUUUAUUUUCCAUAGAAAUGGGAAGUUAGGUGGAUUGUCUCUCUUUGGGGGGGAGGGGAUCUUUCUGACACGAGCAGAGUCGAUUUCCUCAGUUUUCCCAUUUAUUGGCAAAAUGAAGAGAGGAGGAACAUUGGGUUUGGAAACAAAGAACGAAUAACAUUAAAAAUUAUUAUUUAUGUAUUCUAGCUAUUAUUAGAAAUGGACCUUUUUUUGAGAGAGAGAGAGAGAGAGAGAGAGAGAGAGAGCGAAGGGAAAUCAAAGCAAUUGAAGUGAUAUCCUGCUUGGGAGAGAGCCGCUGGGGGAGGGGUUGAUUCAAGGACACCUAGUCAGGAGGAUUUCCUCGCCUGCAGAUGAUGGCACUUUCUGUACCCCACGGAGUGUGUGGCUCCCUACGGCAGACCCCCUCCCCAUUUCUGCUCCCUGACCUUUCCAUCUUCCUCCCUGCUUGCGAGAAAAUGUCAGCAGCUCCUGGGAAGUCUGGGCCUCCGCGUGUGGCCUCCCUCCAGCGCCUCCUGGGCUCCUCCCCUCCACCAGCAUAGCCGCUGUGGUGUUGUUGCUGGGUUUUUCCUCACUUUCCUCCUGGCGAAGAGCAAUUUCCAAAUGCAGGAAUGGAAUAUAAACAGAAAGUCAUGGACUCAGCGGUGACAAAGCAACCCGAGGCCGCGCUCAUGGAAGAAAGAAUGAUACCUCACAGUAUAUUUCCCUCUCCCCUUGGCCCCUGUUUACAAACAUAAAUUCCCGUUGGAUGAUCAAGUCUCCCGUGUCUCUUCUUCUAUUUUUUUUUUAUAGUGCCCUCCAGGCACUUUGUUUUAUGUUUCCAAUAGCACCUCCUGAAAUAAACCAAAGCAACACUUGCUCAAGGUCCCUGGGGCGAUGGAGAAGACCAUCCACCUUGUCGGCAGUCCCAAGAACGAACAGCUGUG